CUCACUUCCGCCCGCUCCACCCGGUCCCCGCAGGCCGGAAACGCCGCGCUCCGGCCACAUCUCGCUCGCUGGGUUGCCGCCCGGGCGCCGCCAGGAUGCCGGCUUACCACUCUUCUCUUAUGGACCCAGACACCAAACUCAUCGGAAACAUGGCGCUGCUGCCCAUCAGAAGUCAGUUCAAAGGACCCGCCCCUAGAGAAACAAAAGAUACAGAUAUUGUGGAUGAAGCCAUAUAUUACUUCAAGGCCAAUGUCUUCUUCAAAAACUAUGAAAUUAAGAAUGAAGCGGAUAGGACCUUGAUAUAUAUCACUCUAUACAUAUCCGAGUGUCUUAAAAAACUCCAAAAGUGCAAUUCCAAAAGCCAAGGUGAGAAAGAAAUGUAUACACUGGGAAUCACAAAUUUUCCUAUUCCUGGAGAGCCUGGGUUUCCACUCAAUGCAAUUUAUGCCAAACCUGCGAACAAACAAGAAGAUGAAGUGAUGCGUGCUUAUCUACAGCAGCUGAGGCAAGAGACUGGACUGAGGCUUUGUGAGAAAGUCUUUGACCCUCAGAAUGAUAAACCCAGCAAGUGGUGGACUUGCUUUGUGAAGAGACAGUUCAUGAACAAGAGCCUGUCAGGCCCCGGGCAAUGAAGGCAGCCUGGGCAGCUGCCAUCUGCAGAGCUGCGGGCAGCCUUUCACAGCAGGAUGUUUGUGAUUUUUGCCUUUAUUCCGCAAGGUUUUAUACAGAAGAGAGAAGACAGUGUGUCUUUAUUUGAAAAGUGCUUGAUAAGAAUUGGGGUG